CCGUUGCCUGGUAACAGGGUCUCGUCUGACGUCAUUAAUAUGCGCCGGUUAGGAAGUGACACAUGGAUGUUAUCGGGAGAGGGAUUGGAGCAGAAAGAUGCCGUGUAUCUUGUUAGUGGGCGAAGGGAACUUUUCUUAUUCUGCAUCCCUCUCUGACUUCAUCCAAGGGAAGGAUCUCAUUGUUGCGACUUGUUAUGAGACAGAAGAUUCAAUAUCCAAACAGCCUCUCUCAUCUACCAAUGUGGAGCAGCUCAGAAAAAACGGAGCUCUGGUAUACUUUGAAGUGGAUGCUACAAGACUAAAAGAUUAUGUUUUCCUAACUAAUCAUCUUUAUGACCGCAUUAUCUUUAAUUUCCCACAUUGUGGGAGGAAGGCUGGAGUAAGGAAGAACAGGGAUUUGCUCUGGAAGUUUUUUCUUAGCUGUGUGGAAGUCCUUGCUCAGAACGGAGACAUUCAUGUGGCUUUGUGCCAAGGACAAGGUGGCACUCCUGCUGAUGAGCCUAUGAGGGAGUGGCAUAAUAGCUGGCAAAUAGUGGCUAUGGCAGCAAAGGCAGGAUUCAUCCUAAGUGCUGUGACUCCCUUCAGUUACAACCAGUUCUGUGGUUACCAGAGCACGGGAUACAGAAGCCAAGAAAAGUCUUUCCAUGUGAAUGGCUCAUUGAAUCACAUUUUCACCAGAAGUUUACCACUGGAUAAUUUGAAAGCAUUAUGUCUGAUAGAUAGACUGACAGACUCAUCUGCUUCUCUCCAUGACCAGGAAUACUGUGACAACCAAGUAUUCAGGGACUUAAUUGGAAGAGAGCGAUUCCAUCCCGUCAAUCUGCUGUAUGAUGAUAUUAUUGAACAUUUUCAAACAAACUUUACUUUAAACACUUUGGAUGAUAAGUUUCCUCUCAUUUGUGACGUGUCCAGUUUCUCAAGUGUUUUUAAGUGUCCCGAGUCCUGGCAAAAUGUUUUCCAUGUAACGGAUAGACACCAGAUUGGAUGUGGAAGUGUUAAUGGUACACAAGGGAGCCAUACGAGUUGUUCUCAGCAUAAUGUUACUGAAGAUUCAGUUCAUAAUUCCACAGCUAACAGCAGUGGUCUAAGUUAUUUAAGGCCUUCCUUGACUUCUUUCAUUAAAGACAUAGCUCAGAGAUGCAGCCUUAUACCAGAUACUCUCAAUGUGCUCAGUGGACCUGUUUUCAGAAAAUGUUUAAUCUCCCCAUGGAUGAUGCCGGUCUACGAAGAACUUGUCUUGUUUCUGUGCUCUCCAAGUGACACAAAGGCAAGUCAGCUCAAGCUGGUGAUGGAAACCAUUGGGAAUGUUGUGGCCUCUAUUGCAAAAUCAGUUUUGCUGAAUGAUGAACUGGAUUCCAGUGAACAACCUUUAAAUGUCCACGGCUUACAUUUUCAUCAAAAGACUAGUGUUUAUUAUUUCAUAAACAUGUCUCCAGGUGAUUCUGAUAAGAUGAUUGGAGCAAUCAGGAUAGUUACCUCUGAAGAAUUGAGCAGUGAUCAUAGCUUUAUUAUAAUAACUCUUAAUCUGGAUUUAUUGGCCAUGUGUCUUUUGGGCAUUGAAGACUGGAGACUGCUUUGGACAGAUGAUGAGCGAUUCAUACAACAGUUCAGUCAAGGAAAGUUAAAACCAUUUAAGACGUUUUCUCUCUACCCUCCAUGUUAUACCCAUGAUGUUAGUUUCUGGGUUGAAGAUGGUGCUGUGUUUGAUGAGAAUGAGUUUCACAACAUAACUCGGAGAGUGUCUUGGGGAAACAUUGUUACCAUCGAGCUGCUGGAACAGUAUGAGGAUGGAAAAAUGGGAAAAACCAGUCGGUGUUAUAGGAUGACCUAUCAGUCUUGUGAUCAAGCUCUAAGUUAUGAAUCGGCAUUAAAAAUUCAACUGCAGUUAAGGGAAGAGCUGGGAAGAUGUUUACAUAUUACUCUGAGAUAGACGCACUUUAGGGUGAAUGGAAAUAUAGUCCGUUAUGGUCAGGUACAGACUGGAGUUUUGUAGGCGUUGGUUAUUUGUGUCCCUUCAACACAAAUCUUUAGUGGCCAAAUGGUCAUGUAUUGUUAAAGGAAAUGUGUAUUAGGAGAACAUAGAGGCUGCCAUCGCUGAAAAUGAUAGUCGCUUGUUAUGAUGAUACAGUGGCUUAAUGUACAGUAUAUGUAAAUCCUUACCUUGUAUAACAGCUCAUUCAGGUGAAAAUGCAAGGCAAAACAUUUAUUUAUUAUAUAUAUAUAUGUAUAUUUCAGUAUAAAUGAGUACACCCCUUUUGAAAAGUAAGAAUUCAAUCAACAUUUCAAAGAACACAAGAGCAGUUUCCCAAAUUUUGACAAAACUGAGUUUUAUAGAACAUUUGUUUAGCUCCAUUAGAUGAAAGUAAGGUUAAUAAUAUAACUUGGAUUACAAAAUCUUCAGUUUUACUCAAAUGAGUUGAUGCAAAAAUGAAUAUACCCCACAACAAAAACGACUACAUCUAGUAUUUUGUAUGACUUCCAUGAUUUGUAAGGACAGCACCAAGUUGGCGAGAUAUUUUAACAUCUAUCUUUUUCCAUUCUUUAAGAAUUACCUCUUUUAGAGCCUGGAUGCUGUAUGGAGAGUGAUGCUAAACUUAUCUCUUUAGAAUUCCCCGUGUUUUGGAUCAUUUGUCAUGUUGGAAAAGUGCAUGACAACCAAUGGCAAGGAGUGAUGGUAGGUAGCAUCUUCUCUCUCAAUAUAGAGCAGUACAUCUGUGAAUUUAUGAUACCAUUAAAAGAAAUGCAGCUCCCUGACACCAACAGCACUCGUGCAGUCCCACAGAAGCACACAGCCACCACCAUGUUUCACUGUAGGCACCAUGCAUUUUUCUUUG